CGCGCAGGAGCGCCGGAAGCGGAAGUGCCUCCUUGUGGGCUGGAUUUGAAGAUCCGUGCAGAUGCCCAUGGCUGCGGCGGCGGAACGAGAAUCGGACUCCGCAGAGCCUCCUGGCUCUGAGACACUCCUGGAUGAGGUGCUGCGGAACCUCUACGACCUGGGAGAGACCGAAGGUGAAACAGAGCCUAAAAGGAUCAAGAAGAAGAGAGAAAAGAAGAGAGACGUGGAGACCACAGCAGAGGUUACAGCAGCGCCACUCCCCCUGCCUGGAUCUCUCGUAAAGGGCCAGAGGAAGAGUGCUUCCAGCUUUUUCAAGGAACUCAGAGAAGAGCUACACUCUGCUUCCGCUGCCCCCUCAGCUCCCCCUUCAGGAGCAGAAGUCCCUGCUGCUAAUGUGGUGUCGCUCUCUGCCCCAGAGAACAACAGCAGGCUCGUGGAAGUGGUGGAGUUUCAGAGCAGAAGUAAAAGAAAACCAAAACCAGAUCAAGAUGAGCAUGCAAAGGAUAAAACAAGGGCCCUUGAAAAAGAUGUGGGUAUUCAAGAAUUUAACCUAGAAAAGGCUCGUUUGGAAGUACACCGCUUUGGGAUCACGGGCUAUGGCAAAGGAAAAGAGAGAGUCCUGGAACGGGAGCGAGCUAUCGUGCUGGGGGCUAAGGCUCCGAAAAGAAGUUACGUGAAUUACAAGGUUUUACAGCAACAAAUCAAAGAGAAAAGGAGAGCGCAGGAAGAAGAAGAGAGAUUGGCCCGGGACACAGACAUUUUCAAGAAAAAGAAGAGGAAAGUACAUGAGGACAGGAGAUCCAAGAAGUCUGCUCCCAGCAUUUUGUCAAAUGGAAAAGUUGGACAAGUUGGAAAAUUCAGAAAUGGAACAUUGAUUCUAAGCCACGCUGAUAUCAGGAAAAUAAAUUCUUCCAGAGUAGCAAAAUGAUGAACUUUGUCAGCUCCAGAGAGGAAUAGGUACCGUGACAGCGCGGACACAGGACCACUGAACUGCAGACCGCACUUCAUGUCCCUCGGGGUCUCUUCAUGAGGAGCAAGACGGAUAAACAGGGUGGUGACCUGCUGAGUGCGGGCCAGGCCCAGGCUCCACUCGGGUUUCUGGUUGCUAGUGUCAGCACACUUGGUUCCAGUCCUCCUUUUCAUAGUUUCACUGUCUCCUGAGUGUUUGUGAUUGCUGUUACAGUGCCUUUUGGACUUCUGAUGACAGUGUUACUGUGUCAUGAAAGAACUAAGAACUCUUGUCAUCGUUCGGUUUUCUGGAAAAGCAGUCCUAUUGUCAACCUGCUUUGUGUAAAAUCCAUUUUGUAAGAAUUUUCAAAAAUACACAUCUGUUGUAUGAGG